GCUGAUGAUGAUCGCUGAGUGGUGCGUUCAUUCGGAAGCGCGCAGUGUUGUGUGGUGUGAACGGAGCGUGUGGAAUGCAUUGAGCUCUCCUCAGCGCGCUCAGACACUCGUGCGCUUUAAAGCUUUGGCCACGCCGCCUGUCCAAGUAGGGGAUUCGAAACGUCUGGCCACGCCAUCUCAUUGAUUCUUAUUUUGGUCCAGUACAUCAACUAGCUCCCAGAAGCCUCCGCGAAUCAGCCGCAGGUUAUCCGGUUAUCAGGUUAUGUUUGAAUGAGCGCGCGCUAGACGGAGCUGCGCGCGGACACGGACGUCGCUCUCAGUUCAGUUCAGCACGGGACGCGUCGCAAUAACAGUUUCAAUCCUUCUUAAUCAUUCUGCUCCUGUCUGUGCAUGGUGAUUAUUUACAUAGUAGCCGAUUGCACGGUGAAAGAGAGUUAUGAAGGCUUCAGAAGCCACAAAUCAGCUCAGGUGCGCUGCGAAAAUGGAGAGCGACUCGGGCUUCAGCGGGAAGCGACAUUACCUCCGAGCCAUCACCGGUGCGAUCCCGUUUGUUUUCUCCGUCGCUUCUGUCGCCUUUUGCAUCCUCCUGGGGAUUCAAACCAGUGACAUAAAGAACAGAAUGCUAGAUUUCGAAAGCAGCAACGGGGAGCGCCUUUUACAUCCGUUUGCUGAGGUUUCCAUAGACGAGUUUAACUCAAUGGUGGAGGAGAGAGUGGACGAGGUCCUGUCACAGCGCUCCUAUGAACACUUUGCACGCAUAAGGACUGCACGUCAAGUCUCACCUGAAUGCAACUGCCCACCAGGCCCACCGGGAAAGCGAGGAAGAAGAGGACACAACGGAGAACCUGGACCCCCUGGUCCACCAGGUCCAAAAGGUGAGAAGGGAGAUCAAGGAGACCAGGGACCGCGGAUGGUCUUCCCUAAGAUCAAUCAUGGCUUUCUUUCUGCUGAUCAGCAGCUCAUUAAGCGUCGGCUCAUUAAGGGUGAUCAAGGUCAAGCAGGCCCUCCAGGACCUCCUGGACCUCCAGGUCCUCCUGGCCCCAGGGGACCCCCAGGAGACACAGGGAAGGAUGGUCCCAGGGGAGCUCCAGGGCUACAAGGAGACCCAGGAACCCCAGGAGAGCUCGGCCCCAUGGGACCUGAGGGCCCUCCAGGACUCAAGGGAUCCACUGGGUCACCUGGCAUUCCAGGUAUUGAUGGAUUGAAGGGUGACAGAGGAGAGCAAGGUGAAAAGGGUGAUAUGGGAGAAGAGGGGCCAAAAGGCAAUGUUGGUGAGAAGGGUGAUGCGGGUUCUUCUGCUGCUGGCAUUAAGGGUGAACCAGGUGAACCAGGACGAAGUGGGCAAAAGGGAGAACCAGGACUUCCAGGGCUGCCUGGACUUCCCGGAAUAAAGGGUGAACCUGGCUUUCUCGGCCCACAGGGUGAGCCAGGGCUGCCAGGACUACCUGGAACAAAGGGAGAACGAGGAGAGCCAGGACCGCCAGGAAAGGGUGAACGUGGGGAGACAGGCCCAGUUGGACCAAAGGGAGCAGAAGGGGAGCCAGGAACACCGGGACUCAAAGGAUCCAAGGGGGAAACUGGAGAUAAAGGAGAUGUUGGACUUACAGGACCCACAGGUCCAGCUGGAGAGAAAGGUGACCAGGGCACAACUGAAAUAAUUGACUACAAUGGAAACAUCCAAGAAGCGCUUCAGAAGAUAACCACUAUUACAGUGACGGGUCCCCCUGGGCCUCCUGGACCAAUUGGACCACAGGGCAUUAAGGGUGAUCAAGGUCCUCCAGGUCUUCCAGGUCUUGAUGGCGAGAGGGGUCACAAGGGUUCAAAAGGAGACAUGGGAAUGCCAGGAAUGUCUGGCGAUAAGGGAUCUGUAGGAUUGCCUGGGCUACCAGGUUUCAAUGGUCAGAAAGGUGAAAAAGGUGAUAAUGGCAUGCCUGGACCUCAAGGACCAUCUAUUAUUGGCCCUCCUGGGGCACUUGGUCCACAUGGUCCUCCUGGUCCAAUGGGCCCACAUGGAUUCCCUGGACAAAAGGGAGAAGCAGGUUUGCCUGGUUUGAAGGGAGCACGUGGGGAGCCCGGGUAUAAGGGUGACCGUGGACCCCUGGGCCUCCCUGGUACAGAUGGCCCAACUGGUGCUUCUGGUCCUGCUGGUCCUAAAGGAGAUAGAGGUGAGAAAGGUGUUACAGGUGAACCUGGACCGAGAGGACCAUAUGGAUUACCUGGUGCUGCUGGGACACCUGGCUUGGAUGGGUUACCAGGCUUAAGGGGAGAGAAGGGCGACGUGGGGGAAAGAGGAGAAAAGGGUUUCCGGGGCUUUAAGGGUGAAAAGGGUGAACCAGGCCAGCCUGGUCUGGAUGGGCUGGAUGCCCCGUGCCAAUUGGGGCCAGAUGGAUUACCAAUGCCUGGUUGUUGGCAAAAGUGAACAGUCUAACUCAAACCGCAUGGAAUUUGUAAAUAAUUGCUUCAUUAUUGUAUUUAUAGUUUGUAUUUUUAAUUGUGAAGAAGAAUAUAAAUGGAUCUUAAUAUAAAUAUGUGUGUACAC